AUGGCGGGCGGCGAUCGGGAGCAGGACGCGGAGGAGGAGACGCGGAACCUGAUGAUGCAGAACCUCUUCGGGGACCAGUCGGAGGACGAGGACGAGGCGGACGACGACGACGACGUCGUCGAGGUCGUCGAUGAGGACGACGGCCACCAGCAACAGCUGCAGUCGCCCCCGCAGUACCACCAGGAGCUGGAAGACGACGCCGACGAGGAGGAGGAGGACGACGCCCGCAGCCACGCGCCCGCCCGCCACGGCGGAUACCACUCCGAAGAAGUGGAUGGCGAGGCAGAGAAUGGAGGUGAAGGUGAAGGCGAAAGUGAGGGCCAAGUUGGAAUGGACGAGGAAAGUGAAGGCGAAGCUCAUCGUGCCGAUCUUUAUCAAGGAGAAAGUGAUGGGGACAAAGUCCAGAGCUCCCCAGAAAGAGAACUCGAUGACCAGAGGAUGGAACCUGAUGCAAGAGGAAUGGAUAGCGAAGAUGAAGGCUACCAGCAGAGGACAGUAUCUAGCAGAAGAAGGGGAGUUGUUGCCUCUGAAUCCGAGGGAUCGGAAGAUAAUUACUAUGCUGAUGGAGCUCAAGAAGACGAGGAACCUCGCCAAACAAGGAAACAAAGCUCUCCGAUGGAGGAAGAAAGAGAUCAUGAAGUAGUUCGCGAUGUGUUUGGUGAGAGCGAUGAAGAUGAACCAGCUCCAUAUCGCGCUCGGCAUGAAAUUGAUGAAGAAUCUCAUAGAUCUCCCUUGGAGGAUGAAGGCCAGUAUGAGAAGGGCAUGCAACCAGAUGACCUUGUGGCUGAUGAAGAUAUGCGAUAUGAAUCUGAUGAUAAUCGUGAACUGAAACCAAAAGAGAAACCAGUCGGUCCACCGCUAGACUUGGUGGUUCCAUUUAAGCAACCACCAGCUCAACCUGACAAAAUGAAUGUGAUCAAGGUAUCAAACAUUAUGGGGAUCGACCCUAAACCCUUUGAUCCAAAAACAUAUGUGGAAGAAGAUGUUUUUGUUACAGAUGAAUCUGGGACUAAGAAAAGGAUACGGCUGGAGGACAAUAUUGUGCGGUGGAGAACCGUUAGGAAUGCAGAUGGCACUACAUCUCGUGAAAGCAAUGCACGCUUUGUAAAAUGGAAGGAUGGAAGUAUGCAGCUUCUGAUUGGCAAUGAGGUCCUUGAUAUAUCUGUACAUGAGGCGCAUCAUGACCAGUCCCAUCUGUUUUUGAGGCAUGGGAAGGGAAUUCUACAAUCACAAGGAAGGCUUUUGCACAAAAUGCGAUUUAUGCCAUCCUCCUUGUCUUCAAAGUCACAUCGCUUAUUAACUGCCCUGGUUGAUUCUCAGAAUAAGAAAACUGUUAAGAUGCAAAAAUGGUUUGAGACUAAGGAUCCUGAGAAAGCAAAAAUGGAAAAAGAAAGGAAUCAGGGCCAAACUAUUCGAGCCCAUUCGAUCCUUCAACGCAAGAGAGAAAAAGUGAACCGCAAGUACACACAACCUGCCCGGCCAAGGCGGCAGCUUUCUCCAGGGUUCUUAGAAGAUGCUCUAGAUGAGGAUGAGGAGCCUGACUAUGGUUCUCGGCGAAUGGCAGGUCGUAGGCGUUUUGAGGAUGAAUUGGAGGCUGAAGCACUAGCUGAGAGGCGUAUCAUUAACGCGAAGAAGUCAAAUAUGAGCAGAAAUGUUCCCCGCAAACCACCGUACCCUCCUGCUCGUCCACCGAGACGUCAAGCUGAUGAAUACUCGGAGAGUGAGAGGGAGGAGUCAGAGUAUGAAACUGAUGGCGAGGAUAUUGAACAUUCACCACGUCGUGGAAGGGCGGAUGAGCUGGAUGAGGAGGAAGAGUAUGAGGAAGACGUUGAAGAAGAAGCGCCUCUGUCAGAUGAAGAAAUGGAGGCACCGAAACGAAAGAGAGAAUCAGGGGGUGGUGGGCACAGGCGUGAGGAGCUGGUGUCCGAGGAUGACGACGAUGACGAUUCUCCACCAAGGAAGCAGCCGGUUGUUCAGCAUCGUAGAAAGGCUGUCGUGUUUGAUGACAGCGACGAGGACUAA